ACUUAGCAUAGAUAAAAAAUUGGAUAUUUCCGACAGAAAACACUUGAAAUAAUAAAGUAUUUUAUUAUUAUUACCUGAGAGUACAGAAACACGGAUAGGAAAUUAUUGGGUUUAGUGGAUGCUUUCAAAAAAGUACUAUACAAGAUCCGAUGGUUCCAUCCAGAAAACAUGUAACCAACAAAGGGUUUUUACUUCAUAAAAAACGGAUGGGCAACAAGGAUAAAAAAUAUUUCCAGUAAAGGUUUUUGCUAGGGACAAGAAACUAUUUUUGAUUCUUUCAAAUCAACAACGAAACGUUUGAAUGUUUCGAAAUAGAUAAAAUAGCUUUUUUAGAGCUAACACGCAUAAACUGGCGUUUAGAGUAAUUAUUGAUCAAACAUAGGGCAUUUGACAUCUGAUUUUAAAGAGAAAUAUCUGCUUUCCAACUGAACCUGUUCAUAUGACAGAACAGAAGAGCUCUGAUUUAAAAUAUAUUUUCAAGUUUGUGAUAAAGACAAUUGUGAAACUCUAUGGAAUCAUUCAUCUUGAAACGUAUUUUUCUUCUUAUAUGAUUUUUUAGUAUUUUGUUGUUUUAGAAAUGGGCUGUGUACCAUCACAUUCUAGUUUAUAUUUGACAUCAAAACAUAGAUCAAGAGAAGAAAUUCAUAUUAUUGUAAAAGAUAUGUGGGCAGAAGUAUGUUCACGAUAUUAUAAAGAAGUUGGAAUAAAAUUUAUGGUUUGUCUAAUGAUGGAUCAUCCAGAAUUGAAAUCAUUGUGGAUAUUUGCUGCAAAUUUGAAUACAGAAUCCGAAAUAAGAAGUAAUACACAAGUGCGUUAUCAUGCUUCGAAAAUUAUGAACACAUUAAAUGUUGUCAUUCAAGAUAUUCAUAACGAUGAAAAGCGAAAGGAAACACUUUAUGCA